AUUAAAAGAUAAGAGAAUUUCACAAUAAAAAGUAAAAGAAAUAAGAUCAUUUCAUAGAAAAAAAACAAAGAAUGCGGGUAUGUAUGAGAAGCCAAAUAGGAAGCGAUCCAAAGCUACAACUGAUUUCAUUUCAUCUCUCUCUCAGGUACUCUAGAAUGAUUAUCAACCUCCUUCACUAACUGAUCGGACAGGAGAGGAGGAAUUUCGUUGGCCCUUGUGUUGUCCAACUCCGCUUCAUUCAUUACCACAAUUACUUCACUCACUCACUCGCAGGAAGGUGAUUAUUGCUAGCUUUACAAAAAGGAAAAAUGCAACAAGAGGAGAAUGGUGACAUUAAUCCUCACCAAUCUCUGGAUAAUAGGCCUGGCAUCAUCUUUAUUGGCUCCCCUAAUGCUGGCAAGCGCACUCUUCUCUCACGAUUAACCUCGAUUGAUUUUGAAGAUGCUUCUGAUUCAUCCCAGGAGCUACUACUUCAUGGCUGGACUAUCAACACAAAGUAUUACACUGCUGAUGUUUCCGUAUGUGUAGCUCAUCUUCAUGACACAUUAUCCAUUUCGACCCUUCCAUCAUAUUCCCAGCUAGUUGCCUUGGUCAUGGUCUUCAACAUGAAUGAUCUCUCGUCUCUAGUUGCCCUUCAGGAUUGGGUAUCUCGUAAUGAUCUUGAAAAGUUUGAGAUUUUGUUGUGCAUAGGGAACAAAGUGGAUCUUGUUCCUGGUCAUCCAGUUCAUUCUGAAUACAGGAGAAGCCUAAUGAAGGUUAACGACUCUGAUUUGGAGUUUGAUAAUUAUGGAAUUUCUGAAACUGAAGGAAGCAGUUUGUUAGGAGAUGAUGAACCAGAAAUGGAAUUGGAGAUUAGGAGAUCAUGUUUGGAGUGGUGCACUGAGCAUAAUAUCGAGUUCAUUGAAGCAUGUGCUUCUAAUGCUGAUUUUGACAAAUGUUUGUCAGUACAUGGUGAUUUACAAGGAGUUGAGCGUCUUUCCGGUGCUCUCUCUGCUCAUAUGUGGCCUGGAAUGAUUCUUAAGUCAGGAGAUAGGAUUACAGUGCCAUCAUUUCCUGAAAGAGAAGACCUGUCCGAAGAAGAAUCUGAUUACGAAUUGGAGUAUGAAAUUCUGUCUGGUGGCUCAGCUGAACCAUGGGAUGAUACAGAUAAAGAAUGGGUUUCUGCAAGUGUUGCAAGCCCUCAAGGUAAUUCCAAUCUAGACAAUGUGAUCAAAUAUGAUAGGGAGGAGAUGCGGCCCUCAACAUCUGGGACUGCAUUUCAUGAUGAGAAUGACAAAGCCGACAUGAUUCCCCAUCCAGAAGAUUCUAACCAAGCAUUGAAACCAGAUCAAGGUUCACAUUUUGAGUUUGAGGAGUUGGAACAGUUGAUGUCUGAGAUCGGUAACAUACGAGAUAGUUUAAGGUUGAUGCCUGAUUCUCAAAGGAGAGAAAUGGCUGCAAAUAUGGCAUUGAAAAUGGCCACCAUGUUUGGCGGUGCCAGCGAUGAUGAACGUGAAACUUAAUGCAUUUAAUCUUGUCUGGCAUAUUUUAAGAAGAGAAUAGCGAGUUGUUUCGUGCCAUAUCUGAUUUUGCUCUACUUGUUUCAAGCCACUACCAUAGACAUGAGAUAGUUGCUCAGAAGUACACAAAAACUUCACAAUGUUUUUUUUUUCUUUGGUUUAAAUUUUAAACUUAAAAAGAGACAAAUAUGCAUUGUGCCAUACAAUAUCUGAGAUUUAGAAAUAAUUGAAUGAGAUUUGCAAAAUAGUUUUGUAGAUAUGCAGUUUUGAGACUGGAACAAUGAUCUAGUAGAUUUUAUGUCUGGUAUAAUAGAACAUCUCAAAUGUGUUUGAGCAA